AUGGAAAUGGACGAUCAGAACGGUCACCCUCACUAUCCGUCGCUUCUCAAUGUCACCCACAUUGAUAUGACUUCGCGAGCCGAAGACAUUCGCGCCGGACUCAUCGACACUUUUCUUAAUUUGGAGCGUGUGGAUAAGAAUUUGUAUUUAGCUCGUCACUUGCUCAAAGGACGCAUCUCCCUUCCAGUUGUCUAUGGGGGACAAGUCAUCGGACAAGCCCUGUCCGCUGCCACAGCCACUGUCGACGUUGGAUUCGUGCCCAACAGUCUUCACAGCUACUUUGUGCAAUCCGGAAACGUGAAUCGUCCGAUUCUCUACCAAGUGGAUCGCAUCCGUGACGGAAAGAGUUUCUGCACUCGUCUGGUGAAGGCGUUGCAAGAUGGAGAAGCCAUCUUCACGGUGCAGAUUUCAUUCCAUAGACCAGAAGCCGAUUCAAUCGUCCACCAGCUUCCGAUGCCAGAGGUUCCCGCUCCAGAUAGCUUGGAAGAUUUAUCGGACACUUUCGAGCGCAUCAAGAAGAACACCAACAUUCCACCAGCGGCAUUGGCAAUGAUUGGAUUCAAGCAAAAGGAGAUUCCACCAGCGUUCUUCAGAAUCUUUUCGUUCCGCCCUGUGGACAUCGACUCGUACCUCUGUCUAACAAAGGAUGAGAAUCACAGUGCCGGACAUGGACACCCAACUGACGCCUACAGGUCGUAUGUAUGGAUCAAGGCUAAUGAGAACAUUGGAGACGAUCCACGUCUUCAUAUGGCCGCGGCCGCUUAUAUUUCGGACGCCACAAUGAUUGAGACGGCGUUGAGACCACAUUCCAAACGCGGCUUCAUCCCAUCGAUGGCUCUCACUCUGGACCAUUCAAUCUGGAUGCACACUGACAAUUUCCGUGUGGACGACUGGCUCCUCUACGAGAACCACUCCACCAUCGCCGGCGGUGGACGCAGUCUUAUCGAGGGAAAACUGUGGACCCGUGACGGACGUCUGGUGUUCUCAACGACCCAAGAAGCUCUCAUCCGUGCACACAAGAAACGCUCCAGUGCGUCGCCAUCGCCAGCAGUCGCCAAAUAG